GUAUCUAGGUGCAUCGGCACAGCAUAAAAUCGCGUUACACCAGCAUCAUAACACUGCAAUAAUCAUCGAUCGAGUUGUAGCAAUUCGACUAUACAACAAUAGGUAACGUGUGAGCCUCCUCCGAUGUGUAUAGUGGCUUUGUAGGAAGACAGACGGACCAAACACAGACGAUUAGAGGCGUGUUAUCGUCGUCGUGUGUGAGUGUCUCAUGUGGAUGCAUAUAGCUCCCGUCCGAGAAGGAAGCGCAUGCGUUAGUUCUGUCGUGUCGAUACCGCUGUUAUUGCUGUAAGGGCACUCAAAAGCUGUCGCGUCAGUGCUUCCAGAGGGUUUAUUAUUGUUCGUGGACUUUUUCGUAUAUGAUUAGUGUGUCGAGAACUCGGCGCUGAGCCCGGAUUGGAUAGUUACGUUCCGUAUUGUUGAAUUCAAACAGAAAGACACUGCAUAAUACCAAUUGCAACCAUGGUGCGACGUUGCAGCGAUAAACUGGCCAAGCUGUUAAUGAUAAUCUUCAAUGGAGUCUUUAUGGUGAAUGGAAUCGGUAUCUUCGUAUUGGGAGUCAACGGCGUAAAGUUCAACUCUGACGUCAGGGAGAUUGUUCAAGAACUCUCACUGGUCAAUGUGGCAGUCAUUGUGCUUGGCGCUAUCAUCUUUAUCAUCUCCUUUAUGGGAUUCUGCGGUGCUUGGAAGGAGAGCUCAUGUUUGAUCACAUCGUUUAUGCUGUGUAUGAUCCUGAUUCUGAUUGCGGAGCUAGCUGUCGCUGGUGUGACGUUCACAAACCGUAACCAACUAAAAGACCUCCUCGAAAAAGGAAUGGUGAAAUCAUUUGAGAAGAGGAAUAGUUCGCUGACCAGAGAGGCUUGGGACGAUAUUGAAGUUUCGCUCGCAUGCUGUGGAGUUCACAGCUAUAAAGAUUACAAAGGCGAUUUGCCCUUGUCUUGCUGCAAAGAAGCCAAAAUUAGCAAGUGCACACCUAAACUUCAGUCCUUCAGCAAGGACGGAUGUAUUAAAAAGGUCAAAAACAAGCUGAGCGAAGAAUACCUUAACUUUGGUGUAGCAGCGAUCGUCGUAGCCUUCAUUGAGGUUGUCGGAAUUAUCUUCUCGUGCUGCCUCCGCAGCGCUAUUAAUGAGAGAUAUGAGACCGUCUAAAAGAUUCUGUCGACAAUGGUUAGCUGGAUCGGUCCCUAUCAGCCUCGGUCCGCUUGAAUUUCAUCUCGGAAAUAUAUACUUCCACUCGGAUACAGAGGCUUCAAUUACUGACGCUUGUGAUUCACGAGCCUUUUUGACUUCGAAAUCACUCUUAGGACUCGACUCUUCGCUAGAAAUCAACACUAUAGAUCUGGCUUUUUCAAUGUAAUUCUUCCUAGUCUAGCUUAUCCAAACCGGUGCAUACGAUAAUUCAUUACAUGGUAUGUAAGCGCUGUAACCUUAUUGAAUAAAGUUUCAUAGCUUCUUGAACAUUUUUUUUUACUAAAGGCUUUUUGACUUUUCUUUGAGUUCACUAGGCAUAUUUUUCAUGAACUUCGAUUGCACUGGAAACACUUUGAGUACGAGUAAGAGUGUAAUUAUACGAUAAUUCAUUACAUGGUAUGUAAGCGCUGUAACCUUAUUGAAUAAAGUAUCAUAGCUCCUUGAACAUUUUUUUUUACUAAAGGCUUUUUGACUUUUCUUUGAGUUCACUAGACAUAUUUUUCAUGAACUUCGAUUGCACUGGAACACUUUGAGUACGAGUAAGAGUGUAAUUAUACCGAUACUGGAAUAUGAUAUAAUUUCAAAUAUGAAUAUGUAAGACCAAUUCUUGAUGCUAACUGUCAGUGUACGGAAAAAACAGUCUUCGGCCUGACUAUCAAUCGAUUUUUCGCAAAGAACUGACGAUAAUUUAUUAGCGGUGUAUGAUCUAAAAAAAUAUAAAAAUAGAUAAACAUAUAUAAAAAAAAUACAAAUGAGAAAGCGCCGUUAAAUAACUUUCAUGUUACUAGUGUAAAUGAGCUGGCGGUGAGCCGAUUGCCAGCGUAUAUCUAUAUGUAUUAUUUUACACAGAUAAUCAUGCGCAUUUAGAUUUACUCUUACUUGAAGAAACCCCUAUACCGACAAAAAAUCUUCACUAAAACGUCGUCAUCUAACAGCACAAUGAGAUGCGCAAAACAGCUUUGAUCAGAAGCCCUGCUCAAUAGUCAGGUGAAAAGCAUGUUUAAAUAGCAUACAGUGAUCAGUUUUGUAAAAUUGCCCACCGCUAAUAGAAGCAGGGAGAAGAAGUCAACCCCGAACAAAUACUUGUAUGGUGACACUACAGCAUUAUACUAGUAAAAGUUCUCGCUUCUCAUUCUUUUUUCCGCAUUGUAUCGCGUUUCCUCUCCUUCGAUACCUAUUGACCUCGGCCACAUUCGAAGGCACCCCAAAAAAA